UAGUUCAGACUAAGAAAUCAAAUCGAACAGUUCAAUUGAAGCAAAAACAAAAGAUUUAUACGAAAAGUGUUCAACGUGAUAUAAACUAGAAGAAAAGAAGAAUCAAAUAAAUUUGGGAAAAUGGGAGUAAACAAACUAUUCGUUAUCAUUGGAGUCGUUGCCUUAGUGCAAUCAAUUUACUCUGCACCCGCAUCUACUGACUGCCGCUGUACUCGUCAAUAUCUCCCUGUUUGUGGAUCGGACAACGUAACUUACUCCAACAACUGUCUGUUUGAAUGUGAAAAGAAACGAAAUCACAAUUUGGUCAUCAAAUACAAUGGUGAAUGCAGCGACGAUCAAAUCGUUCCAGUUCCAUACGCAUCGGAAGAUUGCGCCUGCACUCUUAUUUUUGAACCAGUCUGCGGUAGUGACGGCAAUACAUAUGUCAACGAAUGUUCUUUGAACUGCGUGGGAAAGAACCUCAGAAGCUUAGAAAUGAAACACAAAGGUGAAUGCCAAGAUGACGAGAAAGUUGUGCCAGUUCCAUACGCAGCUGAUGAUUGUAUCUGCACUCGAAACUUUGCACCAGUCUGUGGAAGCGACGGCAAUACAUAUACCAAUGAAUGUACAUUGAAUUGCGCCAUUAAAAACACGAAGGGUUUGAGCUUGAAACAUAAAGGCGAAUGCAACGAAGACGAAAAGGUUGUACCAGUUCCAUACGCAGUUGAGGAUUGUAUUUGCACCCGAAACUUUGCACCAGUCUGCGGCAGUGAUGGUAAUACAUAUACUAACGAGUGCAGAUUGAAUUGCGCCAUUAAAAACACGAAGGGUUUGAGCUUGAAACACGAGGGCGAAUGCAAAGAAGAUGAGAAAGUUGUACCAGUCCCAUACGCAGUUGAGGAUUGUAUUUGCACCCGGAACUUUGCACCAGUCUGUGGAAGCGAUGGAAAUACAUACACCAACGAAUGUACAUUGAAUUGCGCCAUUAAAAACAUCAGAGGAUUGAGCAUGAAACACAAAGGCGAAUGCAAAGAAGACGAGAAAGUUGUACCAGUCCCAUACGCAGUUGAGGAUUGUAUUUGCACCCGGAACUUUGCACCAGUCUGUGGAAGCGAUGGAAAUACAUACACCAAUGAAUGUACAUUGAAUUGCGCCAUUAAAGACACGAAGGGUUUGAGCUUGAAACACAAAGGCGAAUGCAAAGAAGACGAGAAAGUUGUGCCAGUCCCAUACGCAGUUGAGGAUUGUAUCUGCACCCGAAACUUUGCACCAGUCUGUGGAAGCGAUGGAAAUACAUACACCAAUGAAUGUACAUUGAAUUGCGCCAUUAAAAACACGAAGGGUUUGAGCUUGAAACACAAGGGCGAAUGCAAAGAAGAUGAGAAAGUUGUACCAGUCCCAUACGCAGUUGAGGAUUGUAUCUGCACCCGGAACUUUGCACCAGUCUGUGGAAGUGAUGGAAAUACAUACAGCAACGAAUGUACAUUGAAUUGCGCCAUUAAAAACAUCAAAGGAUUGAGCCUGAAACACAAAGGAGAAUGCAAGAAAGAUGAGAAAGUUGUGCCAGUCCCUUAUGCAGCUGAAGAUUGUCUCUGCACUCGAAUUUUUGCACCACUCUGCGGAAAUGAUGGAAAAACUUAUACCAACGAAUGCACAUUCAAUUGUGCUAGCAGGAGCAAUAAAAGCUUGAAAGUGAAACAUCAAGGCAGAUGUUAGUCAUCGAAUGAUAAUUGAGCAUAGCAUAAUUUAAGUUUCUGAUAAUAAUUGAUAUUGAUCUAAUGCCAAGACUUAUAGCUUAAAUGUCUAAGAUUAAGUAACUUCUAUUUAAAUUAUUUAUUGAUUGUACUUUGACCGCUGGAAGGAAAUGUGCAAAUAAAACGAACAAAUUCCAUUACCUAAAGAAA